AUGGCACAAGGUGGCUUCAUUCCAGACAUGUGCCUGUACAUGACUUACUUCUACACCUCAAAGGAAAUGAAUAUCCGAAUGAGCUGGUUCUACACCGUUCUUGGUUUCUCUCAGGUCAUUGGCUCCUUUCUCUCUGUCGGUUUCAUGAAACUAAAUGGCAUGAAUGGCGUUGCAGGGUGGCGCUAUUUGUUUGCAUUCGAUGCUUGCAUUUCUGGCGCCAUCGGCCUUAUUGCCAUUGCCUUUAUGCCGGGCUCUAUCACAAAGACAACGACGCUUGUCAUCAGGAAGCCUUGGCUAUCGGAACGAGAGGAAAAGAUCUUGGUAAACCGCCUGCUUCGGGACGAUCCUACCAAGGGCGAUAUGAAUAACCGCCAGUCUGUGACGUGGAAAGGUCUCUGGGAUUGCCUGCGUGACUACGAUGCAUUCCCCAUUUAUGCACUUGCGUUUAUCAAUUUGAUCCCCUACGAGCCUCCCAAAAGUUAUCUUUCCUUUAUUCUAAGUGAGCUGGGCUUUAACACUCUCAUGAAAGAGUUUAACGACGGCCAUCACUAA